GGCGUCUACCGUUUAUAACCGCACUUUUAGUUGUCAUCUUAACGGUUUUCGCGAAAGUAUAGCUAGGUUUAAUAAAUAGAUUUAAAAUGUCUGUUGCUAAGAUAAAUCGAGUAAAAGAGAAAGUAGAAGAGCAGUUAAAUAAAUUAAAGCUUUCUGGUGAAGUAAAAUCAGAAAUGAGAACAUUAAUGCGGAAAGCUAUGUUACAUCCAUGUUAUGGGAACCCAGAAUACAACUGGUCUCUAAAUGAUUUUGAACUUGGAGCUAGGCUGGGUAGAGGAAAAUUUGGCAGGGUCUACAUUGCUAGAGAGAAGUAUACCGGUUAUGUUGUAGCCCUGAAGACACUUGUCAAAAAGGAACUACACAAAAGUCAUGUUGAGAAACUGAUUCUGCGAGAGAUUGAAAUCCAAAGUCAUCUUCAGCACAAGCAUAUCUUGCAAUUAUUGACAUGGUUCCAUGACUCUCACAGGAUAUAUUUGGUGUUGGAAUAUGCGCAGAAGGGAGAAUUAUACAAACACCUUACUAAUGCUCCUGGGAAAAGGUUUCCUGAGCCUCUAGCCGCCAAGUACAUUUACCAAGUAUCAGAUGCGUUGCACUACUGUCAUCAAAACCAAGUCAUACACAGGGACAUAAAACCAGAAAAUCUGCUACUCACAAUAACCAAUGAUAUCAAAGUAGCUGACUUCGGAUGGUCUGUCCAUGCUCCAUCACUAAAACGUAAAACUAUGUGUGGUACUCUAGAUUACCUGCCACCAGAGAUGGUGAAGAAUCAGGAGUAUAGUUAUCAUGUUGAUAUGUGGUGUUUAGGUGUAUUGUGUUACGAAUUUCUAACCGGAAAACCGCCAUUUGAAAGCGAAGAUCAAGAUACAACAUAUCGAAAAAUUAGAUCCCUGGAUUUCGAUUAUCCGCCAUUUAUUUCAAGUGCUGCCGAAAAUCUCAUAUCCAGACUGCUUGUUCUCGAUGGCAAGUCGCGCUUAUCGCUCCCAGAAGUGAUGAAGCAUCCGUGGAUUCAAGAACAAAUGAAAAAGGCUUAAAACUUUUCAUUGUAAUUUCAUGUGUACUGAAACUUUUCCGUUGUUAUUUACAUUUAACGAAAAAUAUAUAUUUUAAUACUAACAUAAA